UUAAACACCACCCGCAGCUAGUUUCUAUGUGAAAGGCUCCGUUUGAAGAAAAUACCUACUCGGGUAAAAGUAUUAUAGAUAUUAGCCAGGAGAGGCUAAAAAGGAAGGCAAUCCUGGAAGGAGCUGGAGGACAGAAGAUAUGUACACAUCAUGGUUUUUAUGUAACCAGUGUGAGAUGUGAGGAGAUGGCUCAGGCGGGGAAAGAACCGAAACCGACGAACCGCGUCGUGCUAGUCAAAAGAAUCAUAAUGAAAGAUGACAGCAAUCCGAUGCAGCAAGGAAUCGGAAAGCCGAGUGUAUACCAUGCGGUGGUUGUCAUAUUCCUUGAGUUCUUUGCAUGGGGGCUGCUCACAACACCAAUGCUUACCGUUCUACAUGAAACCUUCCCACAGCACACGUUCCUCAUGAACGGCCUAAUUCAGGGAGUGAAGGGUCUGCUGUCUUUCAUGAGCGCUCCUUUAAUCGGUGCUUUAUCAGAUGUGUGGGGCAGGAGAUCUUUCCUCCUGGUGACAGUGUUUUUCACUUGUGCACCCAUUCCUUUGAUGAGACUCAGCCCAUGGUGGUACUUUGCAAUGAUUUCCGUGUCCGGCGCUUUCUCUGUCACCUUUUCUGUCAUCUUUGCGUAUGUAGCGGACGUUACUGAGGAACGAGAAAGAAGCACUGCAUAUGGACUUGUGUCAGCCACAUUUGCAGCCAGUCUAGUGACCAGCCCCGCAAUUGGUGCCUACCUCUCAACAAACUACGGGGAUAAUUUGGUGGUCCUAGUGGCCACGCUCAUCGCCCUGGCUGAUAUCUGCUUUAUUCUGCUGGCUGUGCCUGAGUCACUGCCUGAUAAGAUGAGACUGAACACCUGGGGAGCGCCAAUCUCCUGGGAACAAGCUGACCCAUUUGCUUCAUUGAGGAAAGUGGGGAAGGACACAACUGUGAUGCUAAUCUGCAUAACAGUUUUCCUGUCAUACUUGCCAGAAGCGGGACAGUACUCCAGCUUUUUCCUUUAUUUACGUCAGGUCAUUAACUUCUCACCUACAACAAUUGCUGUGUUUAUUGGAGUGGUGGGCAUCCUCUCCAUUGUGGCCCAGACACUAUUCCUCACGCUGCUAAUGCGGACCAUUGGGAACAAGAACACGGUCCUUCUGGGGCUUGGGUUCCAGAUUCUCCAACUGGCCUGGUACGGUUUCGGGUCUGAACCAUGGAUGAUGUGGGCAGCUGGAGCCGUAGCUGCUAUGUCCAGCAUUACCUUCCCUGCAGUGAGUGCACUUGUCUCGCGUAGUGCUGACCCAGAUCAACAAGGGCUAGUGCAAGGAAUGAUAACAGGCAUUCGAGGCCUCUGUAAUGGACUGGGCCCUGCGCUGUACGGCUUUAUCUUUUUUCUAUUUGAUGUUGAACUAAAUGGGAUUGCACCGAUGCAGGCUGACUACAAUAGUCCUCUUCAGACUCCUACUGAGCGGGUAGCAGUGCCAGGCCCUCCUUUCCUGUUGGGCGCAUGCACAGUGUUGGCAGCAUUCAUCGUUGCACUGUUCAUCCCAGAACAUCCUGAGACAAGCACCAAAUUGUGCCAGGAGCUGAAGAGAAGCAGCAGCCUGACUGGGGCCCAUGUCAACACACCUCUACCUGGCAGCGACGAGGACUUUGAGCCUUUGCUUGAGGACAGCACUGUGUGACAGCCAGCUUUCCAUCCUGUCAUAACGUCAUCCACUUCUCAGAACGAGUGAGCAGUGCUGCUCCGCCUCAAACGCUAUCA